AUUCCCAGCCCAAACAGCAGCAGCAGCUCGAGCAGUCGGGACAACUUGGCUUGGGCAAAGGUCGAGCGUUGCGCGUACGAGCCGAGCAACAACUCGAUCCGCACGCGAGUGGCGUUCAACGAGCUGGCCGUUACGGGCCUCGUCCGACUGGUGGCCCACGAGCCCGGUGUACCCAGCGGCCGUAGGCUCGCCGAUCGCCUCCUGCCCGCCGAGUCGUGUCGCAUGAGUUUGCGCCUACGUCGAGCCGGCAUGGAGUUUUACACCAGCCCCAUUGCCCGGGGCCGGGGCCAGAUGCGCAUCAGGACGGAGUCGAGCUUCCUCGAGCCGAGAUUCGCGUCCAUCUACGCUUACGGAUGCAGGCCGGUCACAUCCCCCGUCAGGAGGCCCUUUGCUGCCUACAUCGAUCGGGACAUCGACUCGGAGCCCCGGGGCAACUUGGGCGUGUUUCCCGGACUGCUGCUG